AUGGGCUGGGAAGUCCUGCCUCAUCCGCCAUACAGCCCAGACUUGGCGCCUUCCGACUACCAUCUGUUCCGAUCAAUGCACCACUCCUUGGCCGAGAAAAAGUUCAAGAACCGCGACGAGGUCCAAAUUUGGGUGUCCAACUUCUUCGAGUCGCAGCCGGUCGAGUUCUUCAAGAAGGGCAUCCAUUCUCUGCGUGAACGUUGGCGACAAGUCAUUGAUGCAGAUGGCGAAUACCUUUUGGAU